UUGCUUACAAUGACAACUAAACCAAGAAAGAAAGAAAAGUGAAAGGGUAAUGGCAAACCUCAAACUAAGCAAAAUCGCCACCAUUUCCGCUCAUGCAUGUUGGAACGAUUUUAAAGCCAUCUUUCAUGCAUCAACAUCACCACCAUUCAAAUCCAAACCAAACAUCUUCAUCACUCAAUUUUCCAAAUACCACACAAACAUCACAUAGUGUGUGUGUGAGUGCAACACAAACAGAGAAAAACAGAAAACAUGACCUCUGAACUUAUUCACAGAAACCAAACCAGAGAACAAGAAGAACAACAACAACAACAAACCGCCACCAAUCCCUCCACCCCACGCCGUUCCAACUCUCCACCAAAAUCCCCAAACCCAAUCUCCUUCAUGCUCCGACGAGCCUCCUUCCUCCUCAUAGGCAUCGCCAUCUCCACACUCUUCUUCAACCUCCUCCCUUCCCGCUCCGCCGCAUCCACAUCUCAUCAUGACUCCUCUUCUACGUCUCUCCCAACUCGCCGCAUCCUCUUGGCCGCAGAACAAACCAGCAGCCACUACGAAGUGCUGCAGAGGAAAGCCAGGCUCCCGCUCAGCAUCGCCUUGAAAAGCAAGAGGCAGAACAGGGUUUUGGUCACUGGCGGUGCAGGUUUCGUCGGAAGCCACCUUGUUGACCGUCUCAUUGAACGCGGUGACAAUGUCAUCGUCGUUGAUAACUUCUUCACCGGAAGGAAAGAGAACCUGCUGCACCACCUUGGUAACCCCAACUUCGAGCUCAUUCGACAUGAUGUCGUUGAACCCAUCCUUCUUGAAGUUGAUCAGAUCUAUCACCUUGCUUGCCCUGCUUCCCCUGUUCAUUACAAAUACAAUCCUACAAAUGUGGUGGGGACUUUGAAUAUGUUGGGAUUGGCAAAGAGAGUAGGUGCUAGAUUUUUGCUGACUAGCACCAGUGAAGUUUAUGGUGAUCCACUUCAACACCCUCAGGCUGAGACCUAUUGGGGCAAUGUUAAUCCCAUUGGUGUUAGAAGCUGUUAUGAUGAGGGAAAGCGCACUGCUGAGACAUUAACCAUGGAUUACCACAGAGGAGCUGGCAUUGAGGUGAGAAUUGCUCGAAUCUUUAACACUUAUGGACCCAGAAUGUGCCUUGAUGAUGGGCGUGUUGUCAGUAAUUUUGUUGCUCAGGCUUUGAGGAAGGAACCAUUGACUGUUUAUGGCGAUGGAAAACAGACAAGAAGCUUUCAAUUUGUUUCAGACUUGGUAGACGGCCUAAUGCGGCUGAUGGAAGGUGAGCAUAUUGGUCCUUUCAAUCUUGGCAACCCUGGUGAAUUCACCAUGCUUGAACUGGCUCAGGUUGUACAAGAGACUAUAGACCCAAGUGCAAAGAUAGAGUUCAGACCCAACACAGAGGAUGACCCGCAUAUGAGGAAGCCGGACAUCUCGAAAGCCAAAGAGCUUCUUGGCUGGAAGCCAUCUGUGUCCCUCCGUGAGGGACUUCCUAAAAUGGUCACUGAUUUCCGGCAAAGAUUAUUAGGUGACUCAAAAAGCACUAAGACCAAAGGUGCAUCUGCAGCAUAGAUGGAAAGUGAGGUGGAGAAGAUAAUUAAAAGAAGAAAGUCAAUAAAAAUAAACAUACAUAUAAGAAAAAUUGCCACAUUUAGCUCAUUUUGGAUUAUAUAUAGUAGAUAUCUUUGUAUUAGUUAUUGAAUGAGAUUUAUAUACGUCCGGCAGCAAAAUAAGCAGCACCCCUGCCAAUGGAAGAGAUACAUUUUUCUUUUGUAUUUGUAUAAUUUGUUUUACUAUCAUAUUAUUGAGGAAUGCAGUUCUCUUC